CGGGUUAGCAUUAGCAUUAAUGCCUUGAUAUCAACUCUUAAAUAAUCUAUUACUCUACAUAUUAAUUUUUUGGAUUUUUUUGGAGGGAAUUUCCCCCCUAAACUAUGCUUUAUUCUUUUUUUUGGAUUUUUAUAUAAAUAUUAAUUUUCGUAGGACCAUUACUAUCUAAUUACAUUGUUAUGCACAAUUUUCUACACACUUCACAUUAAUUAAUCUACAAACUUCAUUAUUUAUUGAUGGACUAAUAACUUACAUUUAUAUAUAGAGACUUCUAUAUUUCUAUUAUUAUUCCUAAUUAAUUUUAAAAUUCGAGCAUGAUUCAGGCAUUAUUAAGUUUAGGAGUAUAAAAUAAAAUUCUUUUGAGCCUUUGAGUAAUUGCUCUCAUAUUGUUGAGAGUCUAUUCUGUAUACCCGGUGUAUAUAAUAAAAUUCUAUUGAGAGUCUAUUCUGUAUAUAUACCUGUGUGUAUAUAACAAAUUCUAUAUAACAAAUUCUAAAUAUUGUUUCCCUCCAAAAACACAACCCCUGAAAAGUGAAGAGAGAAAAAUGGCGUCUACCUCUGCUGCUCGCCGUGGCGGGGGAGCUUCCAUGCGAUUCAAAAACGCUACUGAUGCCUUCGUUUCCGAUAAUCGACCACUUAUCGCUGACAUCCGAAAAGCCCUUAAUACGAUGAGGGAAAUUGCUGUAGAAAUGGAGAGAUUCAAUCGGUCUGAAGAGGUAAGAGAGCUUGAAGACGCUUUUGUAGAGUUAUUGGGCACUUAUGAAGAAUGCAUGAAUUUUUCCAAUGUGAUGGAAUCAGUUGGGAACAAUUACCAACCGGGCCUGGAGUUAACCGAUUUUAAUAAGUUGUUUAAGAAUGAAGUUUCUAGGCUCAAGUGUAAUGCCUCUUCAAAUCGUCAGACUGCUGCCAUGUUACGACAGUUCAAAGAAGCUGUUUGGAAUGUCCAUCAUUCAGGUCAGCCAAUGCCUGGUGAAGAGCAAGAAGACAUUGUGAUGACCAGUACGCAAAUUGGCAUUUCAAAUACAGUUUGCCCAAUAUCUGGAAAGUCAAUUACUGACCUGGCAGAGCCAGUUCGCAGCAUGGACUGCAAGCACGUCUAUGACAAGAGUGCAAUUCUGCACUUCAUGAAGAAAAAUCCAACGAAAAAAUGCCCUGUAGCAGGUUGUCCCAAACCAUUGCAGGCUAAUAGAGUGGUGUGUGACACUCUAUUACAUGUGGAAAUCGAGGAACUGCGUUCAUCAAAUAAAAAUACUGUUGAGCCUGAAGGUAUAGAAGACUUCACUGCACUUGAUGAUGAAGACUGACAAGUGAUGAAGGCUGUAUAUAAAGCUCACACUAUUACGUUCUCAUUGUUCCUCAUCCUGUUUGAAAUACAGUAGAGGUACCUUUUGCAAUAUGAAUGACCUUAGAUAGCUGUAUUACGGAGUAUAUGCUUGUAUUGCAAUCACUCUGACCUGUUUUUUGCUGAUUAUCCUAGAAUUAUGUCUAAUA